GCGCGCUGCGCCGCUGCAGUACGGAGAUAAGCUAGGCUAGAAUUAGUGGUUAUGUUUUCCGAGCGUCUGAAAAAUGCUAGAAAGCGCAGAAAGAUAAAAGUGAUCCAAGAUUGAAUGCGAACAAUAACGUAAUUGCGAGUACACGUCUGUUGGGGAGAUCCGCGGGAGUCCUUUGAAGUCACACGACGACACGAUGAAGAGAUCGCACUCGCGAAGGGACGAGGAGGAGAGCGAUGAACAUUAUCGCAAGCGCAGGGACGACAAACGUGGCGACGAUCAUAAGGAAUCCAGGCAUAACGGCGAUCACCGGAGUUCCAAGCACCACGAUGAUCACAGGAGUUCCAGGCGCAACGACGAGCGCAGAAGUUCCAGGCGUGACGACGAUCACCGGAGUUCUAGACGUAACGACGAGCACAGGAAUUCCAGGCGCGAUGACGAUCACCGGAGCGCCCGACGCGACGAUCACAGAGAUCGUAGGUACAACGAGGAUCGCGAAGAUCCCAGGGACAGCGACGUCGAAGCGAAUGGGAAACGGAAAGCCUCGCCAUCGCGGGAGAAGAUUGGCAACAGGUACUACGGGGAACCGGAUAAACCGCGAGAGAACCCGGAGGACGCCAAGCAGAAGCGAACGGUCGAUCUUCUGACCUCGAGGACCGGAGGCGCGUACAUUCCGCCUGCCAAAUUGCGAAUGCUCCAAGCGGAGAUCACCGACAAAUCGGGAGCCGCUUACCAGCGUAUCGCUUGGGAAGCAUUGAAGAAGUCGAUUCACGGAUACAUCAAUAAAGUUAACACCAGCAACAUCGGGAUCAUAACGCGGGAGCUGCUGCACGAGAAUAUCGUUCGCGGUAGAGGUUUGUUGGCGCGGUCCAUUAUUCAGGCGCAAGCCGCCUCUCCGACGUUCACUCCGGUUUACGCCGCACUGACAUCCGUAAUCAAUUCCAAGUUCCCGAAUAUAGGCGAGUUGGUGCUGCAGCGACUCGUUCUGCAAUUUAAACGUGGAUUUAAAAGGAACGAUAAACCUUUGUGCAUAUCUUCGGGAACUUUUAUAGCGCAUUUAGUUAACCAACGCGUGGCCUACGAGAUUAUCGCCCUGGAAAUUUUGACUCUACUGCUGGAAACGCCGACGGACGAUUCCGUCGAGGUAGCCAUAGCGUUUCUAAAAGAAUGCGGCAUGAAGCUGACGGAGGUGUCGCGAAGAGGCAUCGAGGCCAUCUUCGAGAUGCUGAGGAAUAUCCUGCACGAAGGACAGUUGGACAAGCGAGUCCAGUACAUGAUAGAAGUUAUGUUCCAGAUCAGGAAGGAUGGAUUUAAGGAUCACGAGGCUGUGCCCGAGGAGUUGGAUCUCGUGGAGGAAGACAAUCAAAUCACGCAUUUAAUAAGAUUGGACGACAAGCUGGAUGCACAGGAUAUAUUAAACGUGUUCAAGUUUGACCCGGACUAUCUUGCCUCUGAAGAGAAGUACAAGCAGUUGUGCAAAGAGAUUCUCGGCUCGGACGUCAGCGAAUCGGAAGGCGACGACGAGGAGGGUGAAGAGGAAAGCUCGGACAACGAUAGCGGCGCGGAACAGGCCGAGGGAAAGGAAGGGCUGAUACUCGACAACACGGAAACAAAUCUGACCGCGCUUCGACGAACUAUAUACCUGACGAUACACUCUUCGCUUGAUUUCGAAGAGUGCGCGCAUAAAUUGAUGAAAAUGCAACUGAAACCUGGACAGGAGAUCGAGUUGUGCCACAUGUUUUUGGACUGUUGCGCGGAGAUGCGGACGUACGAGAAGUUCUUCGGCCUCCUGGCCGGUCGGUUUUGCGCAAUAAACAAAAUGUAUGUCACGCCCUUCGAGCAAAUCUUUAAGGAUUCGUACAGCACGAUACACCGCCUCGACACCAACAAGCUGCGAAAUGUAUCGAAAUUUUUCGCUCACUUACUGUUCACGGACUCCAUAUCGUGGAGCGUACUUUCGUGCAUAAAGUUGAACGAAGAAGACACCACGAGUUCGAACAGGAUUUUUAUCAAAAUUUUGUUUCAGGAGCUCUCUGAAUAUAUGGGUCUUGCAAAGCUAAAUGAACGAGUUAAAGAUGUGACGUUGCAAUUUGCGUUCGAAGGACUGUUUCCCAGGGACGAUCCGAAGAACACCCGUUUCGCAAUAAAUUUCUUUACGUCGAUCGGUUUGGGUGGUUUGACGGACGACCUGAGAGAACAUUUGAAGUCCCAUCCAAAGCCGGUUGCUGUGCCCGCAUUACCUGCCAAGGAAGAAGAACCCUCGAGCUCCGACAACGAGUCUACCAGCUCGUCAUCCAGCUCAAGCUCGUCUAGUUCGUCGUCAACCGAUUCUUCAUCGUCUUCGUCAUCGGAGGAUGAAGAUCUGGCAAAGAAGAAGAAGAAGAAGAAGAAUGUGCAGCAUAAACGAAAAGAAAAGAAAUCUAACUCGAAGAAGGAAAAUCAGAAGGAAGAGAAAGCGCAAAAAAAACGGGGCGAGAAGCGCCUGUGCAUUUCCAAAUAAUUUUCUCGGAAUUUAGCUAACGAUCUUUAUCCAUUUUCGCAACGCGCUAAGGACGGCGAACGGAGCUGGCUGCUCCCCGGAAAAUGGGGGAGAGCGCGUCAUCGUCAAAGUCGA